UUUGAAUUGUAGGAGCUUGUUAUUGUUUCUAUGAGCAACUGAUAUUGAAGUUAGAUACAUUUUUUGCCAUUGUGUAAUCGAAUAUUGGACAGCGCGUGCAGAUUAAAUCACUGCUGAACAAACGCUACAUUGUAUAAAAUGCGAUGGGUGCUGCAUCGAGCACCGAGAGCGAAAGGGAACCACUUAUUUUCCCUUCUAACCCCGAGACUAGCAUUCAGCCAGUUUACAGCCGAGUCUACGGGAGAAGAUGGCUGGUUCUGACUCUGUUUUCUUUGCUGGCGUUCAUGCAAGGGAUGGUAUGGAACACUUGGGGCCCAAUUCAGAACUCUGCCAUUCACGCGUACGAUUUCGCCAAAUCUGACAUCGCCGUGCUGGUUCUGUGGGGGCCAGUGGGGUUCACCCCUUGGCUGCUAUUUAUGUGGCUGAUGGACAAGAAGGGUCUGCGGGCGUCUCUUUUACUGUCAGCCUUCUUCAUGGUGCUGGGGGCUGCGCUGCGAAGUGUCCCUGUAACAGACCUCCAACUAAGGCGAUGGUUAAUACACGGGGGUCAGCUGUUGAAUGGUUUGGCCGGGCCAACAAUAAUGAGCGCUGGACCCCUCCUCUCCACCACAUGGUUCGCUCCGGACCAGAGAGCCACGGCCACCGCUGUCGCCUCAUUGGUCAGCUAUCUGGGGGCGGCAUGCUCUUUCAUUGUCGGCCCGCUGCUUGUGCCCGCCCCUAACGAAACCACCCGUGUCAUGGUGGCUCGAGCUGUCGUCUGGACAGACACCCAGAUCAACCACAUACAAGACAGGAUCCAGCUGGUUUUGUAUGCAGAGUUUGGUAUGGUGGCGGUGCUGUUUGCUGCGGUGCUGUUCUACUUCCCCUCCCGGCCCCCCGUGCCCCCCAGUGUAGCCGCUGCCAGCCAGAGACUUCGCUACAGGAGUAGCAUCUACAGACUACUGGGUAAUUUCCGUUUUCUGAUGAUAGCGUUGGCCUACGCGGUGCCUACAGGGGUGGUGGCAGGCUGGUCAGGAGUUCUGGACAUGAUCCUCACCCCUGCCAGAGUCAGCCAGGUGGAUGCUGGCUGGAUUGGGUUCUGGUCCAUCGUGGGCGGCUGUGUGUUUGGAGUGGCAAUGGCCAGGUUUGCAGACUCUAUCCGGGGCAUGCUGAAGCUCAUCCUGGUCCUGAUGAUGGCUGGGGCUUCCCUGGCCUCUACCUGGUUCACACUCACCUGUCUAACCAGGCUCACACACCUACCCUCCACUGCAGCCACCCUGUAUACUUCCUGUAUCCUGGUGGGCAUCUUCAUCAACAGUAGUGUACCCAUCUUCUUAGAGCUCUUCAUCGAGACUGUGUACCCCGUGCCCGAGGGCAUCACCUGUGGCGUGGUCACCUUCCUCGGUAACCUGGUCACCGGCUGCCUCCUCUUCUUCCUCACCUUCUACAGCACAGAGUUGUCGUGGCUGAACUGGUGUCUGACGGGCUCCUGUGCCUUCAGCCUGGUCCUCAUCCUCUUCUUCAGGGAAUCCUACGACCGCCUCUACCUAGACGUCUUUGUUUCAGUCUGACAGACAACACACUAAGAAACUGAACCAAGAGGAAAACAGACUGGAACAGUGUUAAACACAUUGCUCAAAGAAGAGGAAGAAGAAACAAGAGAUAUAGGAAGUCCAACCUAGCGCUCUUUUUUACGUUUUAUUAAUUAUAACUAACUGUAGUUGUAAAUGUGUUUAUAUGACGGUGGUUGGUGAUGCAUUGUGAUGUAGCCAAUGAGAAGAGCUGAAGGGCCAAGGGCCUCAGAGUUAACAUUAAUGACUAACUGUCUAAGUGACUGUUUGGCCUGCUGGUCCUCAGAUGCAGCAUCGUCUUUUCUUUUUCGUAGUGUAAAGUUUAAACUACAGUUGAACCGUUGUUUUUUUUACCUGGUCAUGGCAUGAUGAGGGACUGUUGUUGUUUACAGACGUAAUGUCUAAAGAGGCACUCUGUGGCAGGUGACCUGUGAACUGGCUGUUCUCUGGUUUUAAUUAGGAAGGACAGGCCUGAUUGGCUGAGUAGCUCUAGCAGCCAAUCAGCAGGCCCCACCGUGCCCGUCUGUUCUAACAAGGGACCGCAUAGCGUUUUAGUGUCACUCAUAACUGCUGGUUAUGAAUUGCAGGGGGAUAUUGUCAAACUGAGCUGUUCCGUAAAGGACCUGGGUACCUGUCGUUUAAUAGUGACAUGUGGUCUCCCUUUUUUAACCCCCACCCUCUCUCUCAACGAAUAUUACGCAAGACUGAUAAUGACAAACCCUUCCUCCCCACCUGCAUUUAUAUAUUUUUUAAAAAUCUCCCUAUGGGAUUGAAUUGAUUGGACGCAACGCUGGUCCCUUUCAGUGUCGUGGGCUGUGAUUGGAUGAGCCCCAUUGAAUGUCUCUCUCGGCAUGCAAAGUCGGAGCUCUCAACUCUCUCUCUGUGUAUUUCGAGGCUCUGCUGUGCAGGUCUCAUGGUGUAACGACACGAUCCGUUUUCAUUAGCAGUUGAUAAUGAGGAAGUAGGAAGUAGCAGUUUCCCCAUUGUGACCUUUCAGCUCUGUUAAAGAAACUGACUACAGGAGUCAGCCAUUUUGUUUCCGAGUUGGUUAUUAUGCAGACAUUUUAGAAGUUGUUCUCAAAUGUUUUUUUUCUUCGUUUUUACAGUUUGUUAUAAUAUAUGGGAGAUUUUAAAAAAUUUGAACUAGGCAAUACAUCAUUUCUUUAAAAAUAUUCCUCAGUAGACAUGUCCGUUAUUAUUACAGAUAUUUAUUUAUUGAGGGAUCAGAACACUAACGCAGUUGAUAACAGUAACAGAAACAAAUACAUAGACGUGGCUGAUUCUGUAUGGAAAUGGAGUAAUGGAGCCACAUAACAAAACCAGGAAGCUGGUCUACAUGUAAUGCACAACGUUCACCAGCAGGGAUCGCUGUGCUGAGGACACUGCCAAAAGAGGGAGAUUUUUCUGUUAGCAGCUCUUUCCCUGGCAUGCAUGGAGUUGAAGGUGGUGAUGCUUCCCACCAUAGACAAAACAGACGCUUAGAAAACUGACGUCCAACGGGAAAGACAGGAACAACAAGGAACAAACUCAGCACAGAGUUUGCAAGGUGCGACUGGGAACUGACAACCUCUGUACAAGGGGUUGUCAGUUCCCAGUCACUCAGCUGUGCGGCAGAGAAACUGUCUGUGGGAAAAGUUUGUAUCUGUUUUUCUUUGGGGUAUAUGUAUAUGUAUGUCCUAAAAAACUUGCUUUUCCUUUACUCCUUGUUUUACAUUUUUACUCUCCGUGUAGAGAAAGGUAAUUUUUCUCAUUACCAUAGUGAUAGAACACUUUGUUUUAUCUCUAUGUUCUUUACCUUCAAUACCUUGUGACAUGUUGCCUUAAUUACCUGUGAUCUGUGCAUUAUGUCCCCACCCACACUGUGUCGAUGAGGUAGUCUGUAUGUGGAUGUGAAGUGAAACUUACGUUUCCAUUACACUGCUAAUCAUGAGUUCCUGGGUUGGGGGAAUAGAUGUGCUUAUCCUUGUACUGUGAAAACAAAAACUAACGUAUGAGAUUUUAAGCACCUUAUUAAAAAUAGAGUUUGAAAAAAUAUA